AGCAUUUUUCUUGUUAUUUUAGGAUUUUUGUGCAAAUAAUCUACUUCUCAAGGCUUUGCUCUAAAAUAAGACCCGCUGGAGUACUUUUGUUGUCGCUGCACGAGGAAGUCAAAAGAGAAACAGACCCGAGCUUUAAUGAGUGAAUUCUGUGAGGCUGCAGCACCAUCUAGUGGUUCAGUCGUGCACUUCCUGUUUGAAAGACAACAACAUCCAACAUGGCGGCUCCGGUGUCGACAUUCCCAGCUGGGGAAUUGAUUGUUUGAAGGAACUGAAAACCAUGAAGCAUUUCAGGCAAAACAACUCAAAAAGGCCACCAUGGAUGCCAAAGAAAUAAUCCACUGUGCUGUGCAGAUAGAGAGAUCCCUCACAGACAGGAGCUAUGGGAACAUCCUGACCCUGCUCGGUGACCUCUAUAAGUCGCAGGUCACAACGGAGCAGCUUGAGACGACAGACAUUGUGAAAGUACUGUACAGGCUCCUGAGAAGCUGCUCUGAUGACAGCGUGAAGCAGACAGCUAAAGGCUUGUUGUCUAAGUGGAAGAGACAGUACAGCAAAGAGACACACGGAGUGAAAAGCAGGGAGGCUGGAGAUGGAGGCGUUUCCAAGCAAGAGGAUUCCAACUUUGAGGUAGAACAUGCUGCUUCCUGUAGUUUCUCAUCUGUGAGAUCCAAAUGUGUCCAGCUCCUCCUCUCUGCUCUCUGCCCUGAACCUCCUGAUCAACACAAGGCUGCAGAUCUGGCUACAGAUAUCGAAAAGCACGUCCAUGAGCUCCACACAUCCAGCCAGGUGAAAUACAAAGCAUGUGUGAGGAGCAGGGUGGCCAACCUGAGGAAUCCUAAACACAAGCAUCUGCGUCAGGGCCUCCUGAGCGGCUCGCUGUCCCCUGAGGCGUUCUCCCAGAUGUCUGCAGAGGAGAUGGCGGGCGCGGAGCUCCGGCAGCUGAGGGAGGAGUACUCGUCCAGGGGGGUCAUCGAGAGGCAGCUUCCUCAUGGAGUAGAAGGGACACAGACGCAUAAGAUAAGAUGCAAAAACUGUGGGGGGUCGGACUGUAGGGUGACGCAGGUGUCCAGGGGGGCUCUAUUUCUGCCCGCGUGGGUGAAACAGAGCGGCCCCGAUGACGACUCCAUGACCUUUGUGACCUGCAGCGGCUGUGGGCAGCAGUGGUACCACAGUGGCUGGGUCUGCCUAUAAAUCGACAGCAGGACUGCAGAGAAACAGAGGACAUUAUUUAAGUAUUUUUGGAGGAUAAUGGGUAUUUUUGCAUGUUUGAGCACAUACUUGACAUUUAAAUAAGACAUUUUUAAAGAUGCAUUCUUUAUUUCAUACGUGCAUUCACCAGUAACUCCAUUGUUAAAAGCUCCAACGUGGCUGAUAACCGGGUGACUGCCUAAUGCAGCUGCAGAGUGAAACCACAGCUUUCAAAGAAGUUGCUUCAUCAUCUU